UAUCACCAAAGUGAACCACCUCCUUCCUUCCUACAUUGCUGUUGAAUUCGACAUACAAAGAUGGCUACAAACACUACACCUACUUCAUCAGUGCGAUCAAUCCUUGAGAAGGAUAAGCUCAAUGGCACUAACUUUCUGGACUGGUGCAGAAAACUAAGAAUUGUUCUUAGGCAAGAAAGAAAGGAAUAUAUCCUUGAUCAACCCCUCCCUGAGGAACCAGCUCCUGCUGCUACUAGAGCUCAAAGGGAUGCUUAUACGAAGCAUCUCAAUGACUCUACUGAUGUCACUUGCAUUAUGCUUGGAUGCAUGGAGAAUGAACUCCAAAAGCAAAUGAUGGAAUUGGAUGCAAACACCAUGAUUACUGAUCUCAUGGAAAUGUUCCAAGAGAGAGCAAGAAUUGAAAGGUUCAAUACCAUCAAGGAUUUGCUUUCUUGCAAUGACCAAAUCGGUGACCAGAUAUUUCUGAUGGGAUUCCAGUCAAAUCCCGCUGCGCCAACAUGCUUCCAUCUCCAAGAUCAAGAUCAGUAA